CAGCCGCUGCCAAUGGCCUGGCUCCUCUAAUCAUCCCGCAUUCCAUCUCGGACCAGUCGGCAAUGUCUCUGUCGCAUCAGAGGAAGCACGAUGGACUUGGCACUGCCACCGGACGCGCAACAUCCUCAGCUGGAAAUUCACUCGACUCCUUCAAGUCCUUCAGCGAGGUCGCUGCUCCCACCACCAUCACCGCCAACGACCACGGUGGCCGGGAAGCUUCUUCUACAUCUAUGUCGCCAGAACCAGCGCGCUUGGGUUCACACACGAGGAGAAGAUGAAGACGACGAGAUCACAUUCCCCCGGCUUCCGCCACCGCUCGCCCGAAGACCCCCGGGUCCCUCCGUCCACGAUGCGCAGCGCGAGAAGACGCCGGUAACGCCAUCGGCUCCGAGCUACAACAAUCACGGCGGCGGCGUCAACCAGACUAGCAGGUGGCGGGGCUUCGUCGAAGGCACUGCCCUCUACCCCCCCGGCACAUCCUCGCAUUCGGAGAAAGUCGAUACCGAUUGGCUAGCGCAGCAACCGAACCUGGAGGGUCCGUGGCUUGCCAGUACGCAGGAUCCCGAGAACGGCGAGGAAGGCUCCGGUGACGAUCAACGGGAACUGUUUGGAAAGAAGAAGCGGCGGAUAUGGUACAAACGGAUACACAUCAUGCUGUUGAACAGUCCGAUGGUCCCUUUGACCUUUCGCUCCAUCAUCUGGUCGCUGUCGCUGGUGGCGCUCGGGCUCGCUGGUAACAUCUUUCACAUGAGUAGGACAUAUGGUGUCGAGCAGAAAGCCUCGACCGUCAUGGCAAUUGUCGUCGACGCUUUGGCCCUAGUAUACCUGAUAUAUAUCACAUAUGACGAAUACUCCGGCAAACCGCUGGGUCUACGUUCACCCACUGUAAAGAUACGACUGAUCAUGUUCGAUCUCGUUUUCAUCGUCUUCGAUUCGGCGAAUCUUUCUUUGGCGUUUGAUUCUCUCUUUGAUGUGCGGUGGAGCUGCCGAAGCACCACCCUUUUUGAAGGCGAUUCUGCAAACCGGACCAUAGAUCCUAUUUGUGAUCGCCAAAGGGCCCUAGCAGCCUUUCUCUUCCUCGCACUGUGCGCAUGGGUCUUGACGUUUACCGUGAGCGUGUUCAGGGUUGUCGAACGCGUUGUAUCCUCCCGGUAAAUCCGUGCGAGGAGCCUCUCUGCCAUUCAAUUCUUUUCGUUCCUUUCAUCUUUCCCAUACAUACUACAUUCCUUCAUUUACGGAUAUUUUUUCCUU